AUGGCAUCAUCGGCACCGCCAAGCUCAGCCGCCCAAAACCCAGCGAAGUCGUUGGGUUUUAUUGCAACCGCUAUGAAGCGGAAGGACAGCUUCAUUCAGUUCUUCGCAAUGACUGGAAUUUUGCUGCUGAGCGUCAGAUCGCUGGGCCAAAAGUAUCGCCUCCACGAUCUUCACGAGGACACCUCGGCUCUUAAGGAGGAGCAAGAAGCCCUUGCCAACCGCAUGAACAACAUAAAGCGCGAUCUCCUCCACGAGGCCUCUCUCGAGCCCACUGGUCUCUUCGCUUCUAGGCUUCGCCUUCUCUUUGGCGAACGAGAGUGA